UCUAUUGCUUUUGAUUGUUGAAAAGACUCACGUACUUUCAUUUCAUUUGUUAAUCAAAACGUUGAGCCUUUGAAGUUUAGUUGAUUUUGUGUUCACAAUAUUAGAACAUAAAUUUUUCCAAUCAUAACAAUCAGUGCUGAUCAUUUGGUCUACUGUUGAUUAUCAAGAAUAAACUUAUAUUCGAAAAGUUCAUCACAAUUAACUUUUACCUCGUUUUUAAAGUUUAUUUAUAUUUCUAGUGUUUAAAGUGUCGUAAAUCCAUCUGAUUAGAAAAGUUGAUUAACUGUAACAAUUUGCUUUUCCCAACGUAAAAUCAAUCAACUAAUUGUAAAGUUGAUUCGAUUAUAGAGAAAUUGUGUUGAUUACAAUAAUCUUAAUUGUUGGAUAAGAAAUGGAUAUGAUUAAACGAGCUUUCAUCUGGUUCCUAUUGAUUGCAAUUCCUUCAUUGGAAGCACAGAAAACAAAUAUCCAAUUAUGUGUUCCAGAGGAUUUAAUCAAUGAAUGUCAUACAAUGGCCAAUCUAUUUCCAGGUUUGAUUACCUGUAUCUCAGCUAAAGAUAAGUUCGCAUGCAUGGGAACAAUAGCAAGAGGCGAAGCCGAUACGAUGAACGUUGACCCUGAAGAUCUUUACCUUGCAGGUUCGAUAUUUGGAUUAGAACCUUUUCUAAUGGAGGAAUAUGAACGAAAACGGUUCAGAUACAGAGCUGCUGUUUUGAUACCCAAAAACUCAGAGAUCACAUCGGUAAAUGACCUUAGGGGUAAAAGAUCUUGUCACACUGGGUAUGGACGAAAUGCUGGUUGGUACAUGCCGAUGGGUCAGUUGAUUGUCGAGCGAGUUGUCCAGCAAGAUUGUCGAAGUCUAUUACACACUGCUUCUGGUUUCUUUUCGCAAAGUUGCCUUCCAGGUAGAUGGUCAAAAGAUCCGUUAGUGGACAGACACCUAAAACGACAACAUCCAAAGCUUUGUGAGCUUUGUAAAGAUCCGUUCUCAUGUUCUGAUUCUGACGAAUACGCUGGUUACGAUGGAGCGAUUAAGUGUCUUGUCGAUGGUCGAGGUGAUGUCGCCUUUACAACUAUCGAAGCUGUUGUCCAAUUGUUUGGUAAAUUGUCACCCGAUUUGAUUGAUAAUUAUCAAUUCUUAUGUCCAAAUGGUGCCAGGGAAAAGAUUAAUUAUAACGCUUGUGAUUGGGGAAAACGGCCUAAUAAUGUUUGGGUUAUACGACCUGACAGAUUACAAGAUCCACGACGAGCCCAAGAUCGUAAAUUGUUUUACAAUUUCCUAGAACAAAUUCACUUCCGUAAUAAGGUGACACCAACUCGACCUUUUCCUCCUCUUUGGUUUGACAAAGUUUUCGUGUCAAGUGUCAAUGUCACGAACAUCUUGAAAAUCGUAGGUCCUGGUGGACGAGAUACGAUGACCUAUGGAGAGUAUUUGGGUGAUUAUGCAAAUUCAAUCAAUUUACCUGUUGGAUGUAAUAAAAGGGUCAUCCGAUUAUGUACUUCAUCGCAAGCGGAACUAUUCAAGUGUUUGGAUUUACAAAAAGUGGCCUAUUCCCGACGAAUUACACCAGAGAUUCGAUGUGAAAAUCCAGGCUAUUCCUUGGAAAGCUGUAUUAGAUCUGUGGCCUCAGGAGCGUCUGAUUUGAUUAGUCUUGAAGCUGGUGAUUUCUACAAGGCCGCAAGAUAUCGUGGACUUAAGCCUGUUGCUCGUGAGCGUAAUAAUGGUACAAAUAUCGCCUCGUACGCUGUUGCUGUUGUUCGAGUCCCAAGUGAGAUCAAUUCUCAAGAAUUAGCGAACGCUUCAGUUUGCUCAACGGGAUUCGGAGAUACCUCAGGUUGGAUCUCACCAAUGGGAACUCUCAUUUCGCAAGGUUUAAUCGCGAGAGAAACUUGUAGUCGAUCUUCAGAAGUUUCAAGAUUUUUCCGUUCCAUGUGUGUCCCAGGGGCAGGUGAUUUCCGUUAUAAUGUCAACGUUUCGGGUGCUGAUGUUUUGUGUCGCUUGUGCUCUGGCGACGGUAAAGGAGGUCAUAUUUGCGAGAAGUCGGCUCUUGAACUUUACUCCGGUGAGACCGGAGCAUUCAGAUGUUUAGCUGAACGUAAAGGUGAUGUCGCUUUUGUAGGCCAUUCGACGGCUCUUCGUUACACUGAUCGUCAUAAUUUCAACGCAAAUGAAUAUUGGGCUACGAGUUUAAGGUCAGAUGAUUUCCGUCUUCUUUGUGCGUCGGGUGGACAGGCUUCGAUAAACGAAUAUGAAAAAUGUCACAUGGCUCAAAUUCCGUCAAGAUUCAUAGUGACUCGAAAUAACAUAAAUUACGAAAACUAUACGCACAUAGUCUCGUUCCUUUCGAGUCUUUCCGAAGUUUUCACUGGAAAAGCUCGAUAUUCGUUCAAAUUGUUUGGACAUUACGAAGGAGAAUCGAAUUUACUCUUCGGCGAUACAACGAACUCAAUCGUCGCUCUCGAAGAAGAUGCUGAUUAUACUCAAGAAUUGGGGAAAUUCCUUCCAAUUUUGAGAAAUAUGGAUCAAGUUGCAUGUGAAAAUUCAGGGAACUUCAUUUCCUCUCAACUAAUUAUCUUUAUCUUCACAAUAUUAUCAAGCUGGUUAAUCAUUUCCCUCUAAAUAAAAACAAUUUAAACUAUAAACAAGAAAAAGAAAGACAGAGAGAGAGAGAGAAAAGAGUCAAAACUAAAUCUAAAUCUUUUAUUAUUCUCAACUAUUAACAAUUAAAACAAACUAUUGAUUGACAAAUUGUAAUCCUUUCGAUUACGAAUCCAAUGUAAAUAAAUUACUAUCUCUUGAUUACUAUUGUAAAAAAAUUCUUACUUUUGUCUCUUUCCAAUUGAUGGUCAACAGAAAUCAAAACAAACAUGGACUCAAAUCAAAUCCUUUUCUGUAUUACAAUUAUUAUAUUUCGUUAUCAAUUAUUACAAUUAAAACUUUAAUCAAUUAUAA